AUGACUGUCGAAAACAGAGGAGAGGGGAGAAACCACUCUUCGUCGCAUGGUGAAUACGUCGAAAAUGAUGCGCGACGUUCAUCGAGGGUUGAAAAUGAACUGGUGCGCUCUGCAUCCAAAGUUUCGAUCGCAGAGUCCUUCUCCAUCGGCCAUGAAAUCAUCUUUGUCUCUCUUAUCUGCAUGGCCCAGUUCACGACCCAGGCUGCUCUGGGUAACUGCCUGAACAUUAUCCAUGCUAUCGGCGAUACCUUUGACAUAGUCAAUACCGGAGAACUGGCCUGGCUCAUCGCCGGCUACAGUUUGACGGUCGGAACUUUUAUCCUGAUAUUUGGCCGCUUCGGCGAUGUCUUCGGAUAUAAGAGGAUGCUCAUCAUUGGAUAUUCAUGGUUUUCCAUCUGGACCAUGGUUGCCGGCGUCGCCUCUUACUCGAACAAGGUCCUGUUCAUAUUUGCCCGCGUCUUUCAGGGUAUCGGGCCUGCCAUCCUGCUACCAAAUGCCCUUGCCAUUCUCGGUGCGACAUACGCGCCCGGCCGACGGAAAGCCAUGGUGUUCUCUCUCUUUGGCGCCUGUGCUCCGAGCGGCGCCACGGUAGGCGCCUUGUUUGCUGGCCUCUUCGUCUACGGAGACCCGAACUGGUGGAGCUGGACGUUCUAUUCCUUCGCCAUCGCUCUCGCCUGCAUGGCCGUCCUCACCGUGUUCGUCGUCCCCGAAUUACACAGCGGGACGCCCGUGGCCGGUAUGACACUAAAGCAGAUCAUCUCUGAGCUGGAUCCGCUGGGAGGCCUGACCGGUGUACUCUCUCUCGUCCUCAUUAAUUUUGCCUGGAACCAAGCAUCCGUCGUCGGAUGGAACGUGCCGUACGUCUACGUUCUGUUGAUAAUAGGCCUCGCCGUGGCCCCCGUGUUCUUCUACAUCGAGCUGAAGGUAUCCAGCCGCCCGCUGAUCCCUUUCCACGCACUCUCUGUCGACGUAUUAUUUGUUCUUGGAUGUAUCACUUGCGGGUGGUCUUGCUUUGGUAUUUGGAUAUUUUACAUCUGGCAAUUCUUCCAGCAGCUCCGCGGGUCCUCGCCGCUUCUAACGGCUGCGUGGAUAUCCCCCUGUGCGGUUUCAGGGGCGCUAGCCUCGCUCACUACGGGCUGGAUACUGCACAGGGUUGGAGCAGGACUUGUCAUGGUCUUGGCCUUGUCCUGCUUCACUGCUGGGACUGCCUUGAUAAUGACUGCUCCCGUCGGACAGAUCUACUGGCUCCAGUCCUUCUUCUGCGUUGUGAUUAUUCCCUGGGGCAUGGACAUGUCCUUCCCUGCUGCUACAUUGAUCCUGUCAAACGCGACCAGCCGGAAGGAACAGGGCAUCUCGGCCAGCCUCGUCACCACCGUGGUGAAUUACAGUAUUAGUCUGGGCCUGGGUUUCGCUGGCACUGUCGAGGCCUACAUCAACCCGGGAGGUACAUCUCCUGCCGCUCUCCUGAAAGGAUUCAGGUCAGCUUGGUAUAUGGGUAUCGGACUUUCAGGACUGGGCAUAGCGAUCAGUAUGGCCUUCCUAGCGAGAGACCUAACAAGGAAGAGACCCACAAGGAAAAUAGAUGGAUAA